AUGAGCAGGACGCACACCGCCAGUUCAGAGCUGCUUGCCGACUUACGUGAAUUGGAGCGCUUAAAUGAAAUGCGCUGGAGGCAAUUUCCGAUGUCACCAAAGACCGCCUCAAAACCGAGUAGAGCUGGUGGCCAACAAACAAACCAGGGAACAACCCAUUAUCGCCGUGGCACCGAUAAAGGUACGGCGUCGUCAGAGACUCACCUGAGUUCCUCAGGUUUCGUUGCGGGACCCCGAGGUACACCUCCUCCACAGUUCGGUGUUAUAAUUGUGUUGAAACGGGGCACAUAG